UGUCAGUCCUGACGUUUAUUAGCCCGGUAUUGAGGUACGUGUUGAAAUUUUCAAGCCGUCUGUGCUGUCGAAAUGAAACUUUUUCACCCGCUUGGAUGGCGCGUCACGGAAUUUGAUACGACUUCUUUGAAGGCACGAAUGCGAAUCUGUUUUGUUUGACUUAUUCCAAAUUAAGUAAUACGAGAUAAGUGAAACAAGAGGUCAGCUGUAAUGUCACUAAAACAAAAGCGGGUUCAUUCUAGCUCAGAAUAGUUGAAUUUUCAUUAUCGCCAUGAUUGUAGUGCACAUUUUGUUCGUUUUGUCGUUCAUCACGUUACUGUUGGCUGCCAACAACUCGCUGCCGGAAGAUUUGAGGAAAAAGAAGGCGUUUUUGGUGAGGAAACAUCUGAAGAGGCUGAAGAAGGUUGAGGGUGGGGUUAAGCUGGUUGGGGGGAGGGCAGAGUUUGAGGGUAAUGUCGAAAUUUUGCAUGAGGGCCAGUGGGGCGCCAUCUGCGAUGACGAAUGGGACAUAGCAGAAGCGGAUGUUAUCUGCAGACAAUUGGGUUAUCCAGCGGGAACCGGAAGACCCACCGCCAACUCCCAUUUCGGCCCGGCGAAACGAAAAUACUGGAUGGACAACGUGUUCUGCAGCGGCGACGAAGACGAGAUCAUCAAUUGCCGGUUCGACGGCUGGGGGCGCCACGAUUGCACCUCAACGGAGGCGGCGGGAGUAAUAUGCGAAGAAUACGUCGAGAAAGAGGUGAAAGAAGUAGUAGUGGAGACGAAAAAGAAAAAUUUGGUGCGACUGCCAGAACGUCUCAAGAUCCGAUUAAAAGGAGGUCGAAUAGCGAGCGAAGGAAGGGUCGAGGCAAAAAAUGAAAAUGGCGAAUGGGAAGCCAUUUGCGGCGACGGAUGGUCUCUGCUUGAAGCUAUCGUCGUCUGCAAGCAACUGUCGUUAGGUUACGCCAGCGACGCGCCUCAGACCGACUUCUUCGGCGGCAACCUCACCGCCGCCAGCCUCUCGGGCAUAAAAUGCCGCGGCAACGAGCCCUCCCUCGCCCUCUGCCUCCACGACGCCGCCGCCACCGGCUCCUGUUCCUCAAUCAAAGACGUGGCGGCUGUUAGCUGCGUGAACGCCAUGUCCGACCUGGUGAUCGACCACGUGGACCUGCAACGCACCGCCCACCUCGAGGACCGCCAACUCUUCUUCCUGCAGUGCGCCAUGGAGGAGAACUGUUUGGCCUCGCAAGCUUACGAGAUUCAAAAGGAAUCGACUUCGUGGCAUUUGGAAACCAGGCGACUUUUGAGAUUUACGGCGAGGAUUUUCAAUGCCGGAACGGCGGACUUCCGGCCCGCUAUACCUAAACAUCUAUGGGAAUGGCACAUGUGUCAUAUGCACUACCACAGCAUGGAGGUGUUCGCGACCUUCGACGUUUACGACUCGAAGGGCCGCAGGGUGGCCGAGGGGCACAAGGCUUCUUUCUGUCUUGAGGACAACCAGUGCCUUCCGGGGGUGGAGCCGCGUUUUGCCUGCGCCAACUACGGGGACCAGGGGAUCUCGGUUAAUUGCAGCGACAUCUACAAGUACACGGUGGACUGUCAGUGGGUUGACAUAUCUGACAUUGAGCCGGGGAUUUACACGCUCAAAGUUGCCAUCAAUCCGGAGUUUAAGGUGCCGGAGAUGACAUUUGAGAAUAAUGCGGCCGUUUGUCAGUUUUAUUACUCGGAAACUUUCGGGACGGUCACGAAUUGCACGAUACAGCGGCCGUGAGGGGUGGGGGAUGGAGGAGGGGUGGUAGUUUGCAUAUAGGUGAUAUUGUUGUGGAAACACUGCCAUUGUAUUUAUUUUAGGAAAUGGGUAGAUGUGUUUUAGGUGAAAUAAAGUU